AAUAUUGACAGUAAAGGACAGUAAUGACUGGUUAAGUUCUGUGGUAAUGACAUUUUAAGACGUCAAAUGAUCCAAAAUGGACGAUAUUUUUAAGAAGGCCAGCUGCACGAAUUGUCAAGAUCUAAUCGACGGUGCUAGGAUCGAGUGCUGCGAAUGCCCCGUUUUCGACCUUUGUCUUCAGUGUUUCGCCGAUGGAGCUGAAAUAGGACCUCACAAGAGCAACCACUCGUACAGAGUUAUCGAUCAUUUGGCCGUAAGGAUUUUUGGUGUACAUGACCCUUGGACGGCUAGUGAACAUUUGAAGCUGUUAGAUGCGGUGCUAGGCAAUUCUUGCGAUAGUUGGGACAGGAUUUCCGCAGCAGUCGCAACUAGAACACCAGCAGAAUGUAAAGAAGUAUACCUAACAAGGUAUGUGAAUGGUAAUCUCGGCUUAGCAUCGUGGGCUAACAUUUCUAAUUCUAUGUUACACGUGGAUAUAGAUGAUCAGGGUUCAUCAUUUGAGAAAGUGUUGGCAAAAAUUCCUCCACUGGAUGUUACAUUUCAACAGGCUGAAAUUUUAGGGUUCCAACCCCUGAGAGACGACUACGAAAGGAAUUGUUAUCCAGAGGCAGAGGCCUUGGUCUCACAUUUGCAAAUAGACGAUCCCAGUGAGACAAGCAUUGAACAAAGUUUAAAGUUGGAUAGGAUUAAUAUGUAUUUGGAUAAAUUAAGGGAGAGACACAGGAGAAAGAGAAUUAUAAAAGAUUAUCAGUUGGUUGCAAAGUACUUUGAGAGUUUAAAUCCCACAAAGAUGCCACCUUCCCCAGCUGAACAAGAGCUUAGAGACAAAAUGAGGCCCUUUGCACGCUUCAUGAACUCUGUGGAGUUUGAGCGUCUUAUUUCUAGUUUGACCCGCGAGAGGGAGCUGCGCAAACGGAUCAAUCACUUGAAAAAGGUCCACGAUAAAGGUUUAACUUCUUCUCAGAGUGAUGUUGCCAUUACCUCAAAUUCUGUAUGGCCUGGGACAGACUGGGAUAUGUUGCCAAGUUCAAGUUACAACAAUUGGAAGGUUAACUUGUCGGAAAGCGAUGGUACUGUUGAAGAAUCUGGCGGUGGUACUGAACUGCGCAAACGGAGCAAUCAUUUGAAAAAGGUCCACGAUAUAGGUUCCACUUCUUCUCAGAGUUAUGUUGCCAUUACCUCAAAUUCUGUAUGGCCUGGUGCAGACUGGAAUAUGUUGCCAAGCUCAAGUUUUGAUGAUUGGAAGGUUAACUUGUCGGAAAGCGAUUCUGAAAACGAUGAUACUGUUGAAGAGUCUGGCGGUGGUACUACGUUAAACUCUGUUCAUUUGAUGAAGAUGGGAAGUACUUCGAAUGCGACGUAUUACAUGGAACAUUAAAAGAAUGAUAUUUUCUUGAAUAUCAGUGUAUUUCUCAGGAAUGUUAGGAAUUAGGAUUUAAAGUAUGACUGGUUGCCUAUAUUCGCAGGAGAAAUAAUAAAUUAUUUUGUCUUUUUUUGUGUAGCAUAGGAGAGUAACAAAAAAUAAGGCUGUUAAGGUUGAAUACAGAUUUUAUUGGUUUAAUAA